AUGAGCAAGGAGGCGCAGAAGGCCGCUCUCGCGGCCUUCAAAGAGAAGAAGUGGGAGGCGUGCGUGGAGCGCGCAGAGAGCUACCUGGACUUCGGGGGCACGGAUGUGAAGGUCCGCAUGGUGCUCGGGCGCAGCCUGUGCAAGCUGGAGAACUUCGAGGCCGCGGAGAAGGCGUUUCGCGACGCCCUCGCGGAGACCCAGGACGGCCAGGCUCGCCAGCAGAUCUGGAUGGGCCUCGAGGAGGUCUUCAGGGCGGCCCACAACGCGGCUGGGUCGAUCGAGGCGCACACGCAGCUGCUGGACAUAUUCCUGGGCGCCUCGGACACCGCGAAAGCGCUGUACCAUCGCGCCCAGCUCGCGUCGUUGCUAGUCAAGGAGGGGCGAACGGCCGAGGGAGUCCGGCAUUACGUGGACGCGGCGCUCACGGAGGACCAGAGCGAGUCCAACAGGACAACGCUGCUGAACGCGGUCGCGAACAGCUGCAAGUCGCUCACCAAGAACGCCCCGGGCCUGAAAGCGAUCACGGCGGAGCUCGAGCGCCUCUGCCGCAAGAUUGCGGCCACGCCGUCGACCAAGACGCUCUUCCAGCGACUGUUCUGGGCGUACGACCGCCUCCCCGGCACGGCGGGCCGCGCGUGGGACAUGACGACGUCGCUGGUGGCGAGCAAGUCUCAGCUGGGUUCCGUGUGGCACCGGCUCUGCGACGCGCUGGAGCGGGGGAUGCUCUUGACGCACGGGUUCGGCGACGCGGUCGGACGCGGCGCCGGCGCCCUCACCGUCAGGGAGGCGCUCGAGACAAUCGUCCGCGAGCACCAGUACGCGCGCGCCGGCUGCGUCGCAAGCGCGCUGCUGAAGCACCGCGAGUGGCGGCGCGGCGAGGGGGGCUCCGAGGCAGCGCAGGCGGUCCUAGCGCACCGCGAACACGCCGAGACAGCGGCGCGUGCACGCAAGGCGCAUUUGACGCUGUGCCACUGGGCGUUCGUGGACGUUCUCGUUGAUUCCGGGCAGAACAGGGACGCGGUGGAGCAGGCGAAGCAGGCGCUGAGCGGGGCGAAGAAGGCCGAGGCGGCUCUGGGCGGCGGAGCAGGGUUGGCGGGUGCGUUCGGCGCGUUCCGUGUGGCGGUGCAGCUGGGUCUGGGAAGGGCGUUGGUGGGGCUCGGGCGGCUGGAGGAGGCGACGACGGUGCUGCGGGGCGUCGCGCAGGCUGCGGCGGGGCCGGCGGCGACGCUGGCGGCGGUGUCGGAGCUGGCGCGCUGCCAGCUCGCGCGCGGCGACACGAAGACGGCGCGCGCGCUCGCCGCGAAAGCGAGGCAGAUCGCGAGCGCGCAGGUCGCGCCGGAGCUCGACGACGGCGGCGCCGCCCUCGCUGCCGCGACGUGUGUCGAGGUUGACGCUCGCGCGCACUUCGAGGACGGUGAUCUCGACGCGGCGGAGGCGGCCGCCGCGAAAGCGCUCGCGGUGAUCGAGCGCAUCAAGGCGCCAGGCGGCGGCAUGCUCGCGGCCCUCGCGGCGGCCGCCGACGGGCCGUUCACCGAUGUUCUACCCCUGGCGGCGCGGUGGCUAUUUCCGACGGUUGCGCAAGAGACAGCGCUGCGGCACAUCGAGGGCAUGUGCGCGCUGCGCAGCGGCGACGCCGCCAAGGCCGAGACGUCGCUCCGCGCGGCUGCGGAGUCCCCGCACGCCCCGACGCGCGCCGUGGCCUGCGCGGAGCUCGGGCGCAUGCUCGCGGCGCGCGGCGGGAAGUCCGCGGUCCUCGAGGCGCGCGUCCUGCUGCAGAAGGCGCUGGCCGCAGACCCGGCGCAGGCCGUCGCCGGGGAAGCCCUGUGCGCGAUUUUGCAGCAAAUGCCCAACGGCGAGGCGCUGGUCACGCGGCUGUGCGACGAACUCGCGCAGCGGGACCCGGGCGCGGCGUGGGCGCACCGCCGGCUCGCGGCCGCGCAGCUGGCCGCCGGGGAGCACGAGGACGCGGUGAAGUCGUACCAGAAGUGUCUGCGAGUGGACGGCAGCGAUGGAGCUGUCUGGGAGGGGCUCGGACGGGCGUACCUUCGCAUGGGGAUGACGAACCCGGCGCGGGCGUCGUUCGAGCGCGCGCUCGAGCUCGACGCUGGGCGCACGCUGUGCCACGUCCUGAUCGGAUCGAUCGCGCUCCGGAACGAGGAGUUCGAGGACGCCGUCACCGCGUACACGCUCGCGGUGGAGCAGGGCGGCGCAACACCGGCCACGCCAGCGCUCUUCGGGUGCGCGCAGGCGCACCUCGCGCUCGGGCGCUACCACCACGCCAUGGGCAAUCCAGAGCGCGCGCGCGAGACGCUGCAGCGCGCCGCAGAGUACGCGCGGGCCGCCACUGACCGCGAAGACAACCUCCCUCCCGCGUGGAAGCUCCUCGGAGACGCCGAGCUCGCUGCAGGCCUGCUCUCGGGCCACGGACCCGUCCCCGGGGCGCCCGUAUCCGCCGUCGACCCCGCCGGGGCGCUCUUCGCGGACGCCGAGGCGCACCUGCGGCUGCAAGCGCAGCACCUCGCCUCCGCCGCCGAAGCGUACGGCAAAGCGCUGUCGUGCGCGCCGGCGGCGCCGGCGCCGGGCGCGGGCGGCGCGAAGGACUCGCAGGCGGCGCGGCUGCGGUCGCUGCCCGCGGGGAUCCUCGGCGACGUCGCGCGCGCGCGGCACUGCGAGGCGCAGGUCCGGCGCAUGCAUCCAAAUUUGAACCGCGACCGUUGCGCGGGCCUGGUCGCGACGGCGGAGAGCUCGCUCCGGCAGGCGCUCCGGCUCGACGGCAGCAGCUCCCAGCUGUGGCUCGCGCUCGGCACCGUCCUCGUUGCGGGCGGCCGCGCAAAGCUCGGCGCUGCGGAGUGUGCGUAUUCACGCGCGCUGCAGCUCGACGGCCACAGCGCGGAGGCCUGGGUCGCGCUCGCGCGGCUCUACGCGUCCGCGGGCGAGGCGGACCGCGCGAAGCGCUGCCUCGAGCGCGCGCGCGGAGCGGACCCCACUUUUGGCCACGCGUGGUCGUGCAUGGCGAGUAUGGCUCUGACGGGCGUCGGCGGGCCCGCGGACAUGAAGCUCUACUACGAGUACGCGCAGCACUCGAUCGGGAUGGGCGCGGGGAUCGAGUCGCUGCUCGGGUUCGUGCACGGCGCGGUGCGUGGGAGGCGGGGCGCGGAGCCGCGCGUGCUUGGAGCCGCGCUGCGCGCGGUGUCGCUGCAGCCGCUGAACGCCGCGUGCCACAACGCGCUCGCGCUCGCGUACGAGGCGCGCGGGGACCUGGACGACGCGCUCGCGCGCCUCGCCGCCGCGCAUGCGCUGCUGAUGCAGUCCGGGACGGAGGUGGGCGGGGGUGCACAGGGUACGCUGGCUGCCGCGACGCUGGUGGCGAGCGAGGCCGGCGGCACGGUGGAGCUUGCGAGGCGCAUCGAGGCGAACCGUGCGCGCGUGCUGGCGCGCCUGGGCCGCUACGACGAGGCUGCGGCGGUGCAGCAGAGCUUGAGGUCCGGGGGCGCUCAGUUCGGGCCUGAGCACGAGGCGUGGCGCUGCCUUUGCGAGUUCGCGGUGGAGGCGGGCCGCGACCGCUCGGACGCGGCGCUCGCGCGCCUGCAAGCGGCGCUGGAGGCCGCACGUGCGCACGAGGCAACGGCGGAAAGCGACGGUGUUUCGGGGGGCGGCAGCGACCCGCCGCAGGGCCUGCUCGACGUGUCGCUAGCGGCGGUCCGUGUGUUCAGUGCACAGCGUACCGCGGAGGCGCGGUCGCAGGGCCUGGCGAUCGCGAUGGACGCGGCGGGGGCGCUGGCGCCGUGGCACGCAGCAGCUGCUACCGCGCCCGUGUCCCGGCGCAGCGACAUCCAGUCGGCGCUCGGCGUCGUCGCACAGUGCUGGCUGUCGGUGCUCGCGGGGGCCGCGGCCGCGAAGGACGCCGAGGCGUUCCGAUCCGCGCUGUCUUGUGCCAAGGAGUGGACGCGGACUCUCCAGGACGAUCCCCGGGGCCGUGAUUCCGUGUGGCAGGCCGUGAUCGACGUCCUCUGCGGCGCGAAUGAGAUCAUGGCCGCCACGGCGGCGUCCCCGGGGCCAGCCGCGGAGUGCAACGUGUUGGUGGGUCGGGCGCGCCGUCUGUUGACGCCUGCGCUCGCUGACGCUGGUGAGGGUCCGCUGCGGGGCGCGUUGGCGGCGGAGCUGGCGGCCGCGGAGGCGUUCGCGAGCGCCAAGAGCAGGGACGACCGCGUGGCGGGCUACGCGGCGGUGGCGGCGAAGCACGGGGUUGGCGCGGAUUUCGAGGCAGCGGGCCGCGGCGCGCCGGGCGCGGAGCUCCUUUCGGAUGUCCUGGUCGUCCCCGGGCGCGAGGAGGUCGUAGUGCUGCCCGACAAGCUCGAAUUCCGGGCUUCGUGCACCCUGAGCGACGUCCUGAAGAGCUGCGUGACCCACGCGUUCAAGAGCGGCCCGAAGAAGCACGUCAUCCUGUCCGGACUGCGCACAAACGGCAGCAGUUUCUGGCCGGCAACAGCCUCAGGGGGAAGCGGCGGUGGCGGCGCGGGGCUCGUCGGGAACGCCGCGCUGGAGCUCCUGAGCACGCACCCGUGGCAGGAGCUCCACCAGCGGCUCGGAGACAGCCUGUUGGUGUAUCUCAUCGCGCGCACGACGCUGUUUCAACGGCUGCGCAACGGGUCUGUCCUGCAGCUGACGGGCGCCGCAGCGACGGAGCUGGCCUGGCAGUACCGAAGGGAGACGAUUCCGCGCGUGCACGUGGCGCGCGCGGACCGGCCGCUGUUCGAGGCUGCGGUGCAGCACGCGGUGCACACGGACCGCGUGCGCAUCCUGCCGCUGCUCGCGCGCCAUUGUCCGAUGCCGCGCGACGCACCAACAGCAACGCUCGCGGCGCUGGCUGCGUCGAACACGCCCACGAGCGCCGUCGUCGCGUUCGUGUGGGCGUUCCUGCGCCGCGUGCUCCCGUCCGCGCUGCUCGGACCCGCGCCGGCCCGCGCGGCGCUGCUGCGUGCCGUACGGAUCAUUGUGCGCAUGCGACGGUUCGAGGAGAUGAGGGUUUCCGACGCCGUGCUCGGCGUCCCGACGGGGAGGUAUCCGUGGGCACGGGGCGGGUCGGGCGCCGCGGGGCACGCGGCCGAACGGCGCGAUACGGAGCGCUUCUUUGCGUUUGUGCUUCGGUGCGUUGUGUUGCCGCUGCUGCGGUCGGCGUUCUGCAUCACGGACUCGCAGCAGUUCCAGUACACGCUGGUGUACUACCGCAAGGCCGUGUGGGCGAGGAUCGUGCGGCUCGGGCUCCAGGGCCUCAAGGAAGACAACCUCGAGGCGGUGUCGCGCGAGCAGGCCAUGGCGGCGCUGGCACGCCCAGGACCCCCCCUGGGGUUCUCGCGCCUGCGUUUCCUCCCCAAGCCUGGCGGCGUGCGGCCGAUCAUGAAGCUCGGCCGCGACGCGAGCGCGGCCUUCUGGAUCCGCGGGCGCGCGCGCGUCGCGGCCGCGCUCGACGCCACGGGCGCCAGCGCCGCCGUGCGCGCCGCCGCCUUGCGCCGCGGCGCCUUUCGCUGGGCCGUGAAAUACAAGUCUGCGAACAAGGUCCUCGGGCACGUGCACCGCGUGCUGCGGCACGCGAAGCGCGAGCACAUCGGCAGCGGCGUCGACGGCGGCGACGACAUCCACUUCCGGCUGCGCACGUUCGUCGACGCCUGGCGGCGCGCGCAGCGCCGGGCGGCGCCGGGGGCGCUGCGGCCGCACGUCGUCUGCGCGGACGUCUCGCGCGCGUUCGACUCGAUCGACACCGCGGAGGCCCUCCGGCUGCUCGACGGCACGCUCUCCGCCCCCGAGUACAUCGUCAACACGCAUCACCGCGUUUGCGCUACGAUCGGGACGCUGGGCGUGGCGCCCGCGGCGCGCGUGCACGGCCCGCCGAGCGCGUUUCCCGGGCACCUCGCUGCGCUGGCGGGGCCGGACCGGGCGCCGAGCGUGCUGGUCGACAGUGCUUGGCGGUUCCGCGUGUCGCGCGGCGCAGCGCUCGCGCAGCUGGAGCGGCAUCUGAGGCGGCCGCUGGUGGAGUGCGGGGGCCGGUGGUUCGUGCAGGAGCGCGGGAUCCCGCAGGGGAGCGUCGUGUCGUCCGCGGUGUGUUCGCUGGUGCUGUCAGACCUGGAAGCGAAGUAUAUUGUACCUAUGAUCGAGGGGGGGGUGUCUUCGGGGAGCGCGGGGGGCACCGGCGCGAUGACGUACUUGCUGCGGGGGAUGGAGGCGUCGCAGGCGGGGUCGACGCAGCGCAGCGCUGGGCCGCGGGGGAGUGCAUCGCCGCGGGGGGCGGGGUUGCGAGCGGGGGUUGAGGUGCCUCCGUCGCUGAGCAUGCGCGUCGUGGACGACUGGCUGUUCGUGCUGCCGGACGCGGGGAUGGCCGAGGCGCUCGUCGCGCGGCUCGUGCAGGGAUUCCCCGAGUACGGAAUCAAGAUCAAUCCCAGUAAGACGCAAGUGUCCUUCGCAGCACAGGGGCUGCCGUGGCUGCGCCCCCGCACGCACCGCUGCGGCAGCGGGCGGCGCUUCGUGGCCUGGUGCGGCCUGCUCAUCGAGACGCAGACGCUCGAGGUCCAGGCCGACUACUACCGCCAGGCCGGGCGCCACCUGCGUGAGUCCGCCAACGUGCCGCUGUCCGGGCGGCCCUCCGCGCAGCUGUCCGCGAAACUCAGCGGGUACCUCGCGCCGCGCAUCCUCCCGAUCCUCUACGACCCCGUCGUCAACUCAACCACCACGCUCCGCGUCAACACGUACCAGUCGUUCCUCUUCCUCGCGCGGCGCUUCCACUGCUUCGUCGUCGCCCUCCCGCCCGACAAGCGCCCGCUCGUCACCUCCCAGCUCCGCGCCAUAUACGCCGCGAUCGGAUUCUUCCGAGGUCAGGGGCGCCAGUGCGUCCAGCGGUGCUGCGCCCGCAUCGCGGCGCACGCCGACGCCGCGCCCGCGCGCGCGCCGAGCUGCCUGCCGCGGCGCCACGUCGUCUGGCUCGCGCUGCGCGCCUUCGCGACCACGCUGGAGCGCAAGCGGGCGUCGCACGCAGAGCUGCUGGCUGCGCUGCGUGCGCAGCUGGCGGGCCCGGGGCUGCGCACGCUGCAGGAGCCGCUCGCGGCCGCCGCGGAUCCGAAACGCCACCGCGUGUUCGAUGCGAUCAAGUUCUGA